GCCCCAGAAGUUGCACUUGGCACGCCUUGGACAUACAACGCGGAUAUCUGGAAUUUGGGUUUGAUGUUGAGGUUGGAAAUCAGCGGUAUGGAACUGACACCAUGCGAUGGAAUCGAUCCUGGAGGGGUUGCGCAUCUUGUUCAGCUCAUUGGAUUCGUCGACUAUCCACCCAAGGUGUUACUUGUAGCUUUUUUUUGA